UGGCGGCAGUUGCAGCGGCCCAGCAGUAAAAGCCGAGCAGCGAGUGAAUGAAGUCAGCUGAUCUCAGUCUGCUGUCACGCAUCGCAGCACCCGUCGUUUCUCUCUCGAGGCAAGACUGUAAACCACCACUCCACAACCAGACGUGAGACUCAUAAAUCUGUAAAGAUGGACAUGUCCAAGCUGCCUAAGAUCAGGGAUGAGGAGAGAGAAGGCCAGUUUGGAUACGUUCAUGGAGUCUCUGGACCAGUGGUGACAGCUACAGCCAUGGCAGGAGCAGCCAUGUACGAGCUGGUGCGUGUCGGCCACAGUGAGCUGGUGGGAGAGAUCAUCAGGCUGGAGGGAGACAUGGCCACUAUCCAGGUCUACGAGGAGACAUCUGGUGUAUCUGUCGGUGAUCCCGUGCUGCGGACGGGGAAGCCUCUCUCUGUGGAGCUCGGUCCAGGAAUUAUGGGCUCCAUCUUUGACGGUAUCCAGCGACCUCUGAAGGACAUCAAUGACCUCACACAGAGCAUCUACAUCCCCAGAGGCGUGAAUAUUGGGGCCUUAAACCGAGACCUCAAAUGGGAGUUUAUUCCAAGCAAGAGCCUGCGGGUUGGCAGUCACAUCACAGGAGGAGACAUCUACGGCAUGGUGCAUGAGAACUCCCUCAUCAGGCACAAGAUCAUGCUUCCGCCCAGAAACAGAGGCACUGUCACCUACCUGGCUCCACCCGGAAACUACGACGUCACUGAUGUAGUGAUGGAGCUGGAGUUCGAAGGGGUGAAGGAGAAGUUUACCAUGGUGCAGGUGUGGCCCGUCAGACAAGUGCGUCCCGUCACAGAGAAGCUGCCUGCCAAUCACCCGCUGCUGACUGGACAGAGGGUGCUGGACGCCCUUUUCCCAUGCGUGCAGGGAGGAACCACAGCCAUCCCCGGAGCCUUUGGUUGUGGAAAGACUGUCAUCUCUCAAUCCCUUUCUAAGUACUCCAACAGUGACGUCAUCAUCUACGUAGGCUGUGGGGAGCGAGGUAACGAGAUGUCAGAAGUACUGCGAGACUUCCCUGAGCUCACCAUGGAGGUAGACGGUAAGACAGAGAGCAUCAUGAAGAGAACAGCCCUGGUGGCUAACACCUCCAACAUGCCUGUAGCUGCCAGAGAAGCCUCCAUCUACACAGGAAUCACACUGUCUGAGUACUUCAGAGAUAUGGGAUACAACGUGAGCAUGAUGGCUGACUCCACCUCUCGUUGGGCCGAGGCUCUCAGGGAGAUUUCUGGACGUCUGGCUGAGAUGCCUGCAGACAGCGGUUAUCCUGCCUACCUGGGAGCCCGUCUCGCCUCCUUCUACGAGCGAGCUGGGAGGGUGAAGUGUCUGGGCAACCCUGAGAGGGAGGGCAGCGUCAGCAUUGUGGGAGCUGUAUCGCCUCCUGGUGGUGACUUCUCUGACCCCGUGACUUCAGCCACACUCGGUAUUGUUCAGGUGUUCUGGGGUCUGGAUAAGAAGCUGGCUCAGAGGAAGCACUUCCCCUCUGUGAACUGGCUGAUCAGCUACAGCAAAUACACACGCGCUCUGGACGAGUAUUACGACAAACACUUCCCAGAGUUUGUGCCGCUGCGUACCAAGGCGAAGGAGAUCCUGCAGGAGGAGGAGGACCUGGCUGAGAUCGUGCAGCUUGUUGGAAAGGCAUCGCUGGCAGAAACAGAUAAAAUCACCCUGGAAGUGGCCAAACUGAUCAAAGAUGACUUCCUGCAGCAGAACGGUUAUACUCCUUAUGACAGGUUCUGUCCCUUCUAUAAGACGGUGGGAAUCCUCUCCAACAUGAUCUCUUUCUACGACAUGGCGCGGCACGCGGUGGAGACCACAGCUCAGAGUGACAACAAGAUCACCUGGGCCAUGAUCAGGGAGCACAUGGGAGAAAUCCUCUACAGGAUCAGCUCAAUGAAAUUUAAGGACCCGGUGAAGGACGGUGAGGCCAAGAUCAAGGCUGAGUAUGCCCAGCUACUGGAGGACAUGCAGAAUGGCUUCCGCACGUUGGAAGAAUAAGUUCGCCCACCUCUUAAAGUCUCUCCGGGUUUUCGUCUCUGACCCCUCCACUGCUGAACCACAUUCCACCUCCCUGUAAUCCCCCAACCUUAAACCUGCGUGCUCCCCUGUGCUCCUCUUUUGUGAGUGAUUGUGAGUGUGUGUAUGUGCAUUUUAAUGUGGAGGGCAAAGAGAAAGAUGUACUGUAUUCAUUCUUAUUCGUUGCCUCAUAUCGGCGUACUCUGGAUCCUCUGAUUGUGCAUGUGUGUGCGUGGGUUCAAUGUGUGGUUGCGUGUGUGAAAGAGGGAUCUCUUCCCACUGUUUCUUCCUUUUCUCUGUUUACAUGAUUCUUGUGUAUGUUUAGCCGUGCUGCUCUUCCUGAAGGCAAUCGUUCGGGUUGAUGUAUUGUAAUUCACAAACCAUCUGUACAGAAGAGUAUAAAUUUAAUAAGAUCAGUCUAUUUAUUGCCAGCAUUUUGACGUGAACGCUUUGUUGUUCGCUAUUUUUUGUUUUUAUGGUUGUGUUUUCACGCUGUGCUGUGUUGUGAACUUAAAUGUGUGAAUGCUGUCAAAUACUUUCAUCAUGUUACUCCUUAAGAAUUAAAAACAUGGGAUAAAAAAAGAAA